AAAGAGCCGCAUCACAAGUUCAAAGUCUUCUUUCUAGACGUGUGUAUGCAUGCGGCGAUUUACUUGGUGUGUUCUUUAUCUGCUUGAUGUUAGCUAUCCAUUGUAAAGGAGUUUGCUGUCGGUUUGAGAACACUGACUCUCUAUGAAAACUAUUUUAUCUGCUUUUGACCCUUUCAGUACAUUUACAAUGGCAACCCGCAUCCGACCGAGCAGUAAACGAUGUGCUGUCAUUGGUGGCUCUGGCUUUUUGGGGAGGCACCUUGUUGAGCGUCUGGUGGAAAAAGGAUACUCAGUGGCUGUGUUUGAUAUUGCACAGAGAUAUGAUAUUCCUGGAGUCACAUUUCACCAAGGAGACUUAUGUGACAAACAGGCUUUGCUGAAAGUCCUGAAGGAUGUUUCACUGGUGUUUCAUUGUGCUUCCCCUUCACCAGCCUGUGAUGACCGAACUCUCUUCUGGAAAGUUAACGUUGAAGGCACACGCUCUGUUAUUCAGGCUUGCCAAGAGGCUGGGGUACAGAAACUUGUCCUAACCAGCAGUGCCAGUGUGGUGUUUGAAGGAGCCGACAUCAAGAAUGGAAAAGAAGAUUUGCCUUAUGCAAAAAGACCCAUUGAUUAUUACACAGAGACCAAAAUUCACCAGGAGAAGAUUGUCUUGGAGGCAUGCAAUAAAGAGAAAGAUUUCCUCACCGUGGCAAUUCGUCCUCAUGGGAUCUUUGGUCCGCGAGACCCUCAGCUUGUGCCCAUUCUUGUAGACACAGCACGCAAAGGCAAGAUGAAGUUCAUAAUUGGUGAUGGAACUAACCUUGUGGACUUCACCUAUGUGGAAAAUGUAGUGCACGGACACAUUCUAGCUGCUGAGCAUCUGAAAGCAGACUCCCCACUUUGUGGAAAGGCAUACCACAUAACCAAUGAUGAGCCAAUCCGUUUUUGGGAUUUCAUGUCCCAGGUGCUGGUCGGUUUAGGCUACGAUGCCCCUCGUUACCACCUGCCCUAUGCUCUGGUUUAUGGAAUAGCUAUUCUGCUGUGGCUGAUUACCUCUCUACUGCGCCCCCUGGUGAACAUCAAGCCCACCUUCACCCCCAUGCGUGUGGCACUGGCUGGCACCCAUCACUACUACAGCUGUUCCCGUGCCAAGCAGGACAUGGGCUACCAGCCAGUGGUGAGGCUGCAGGAGGCUAUAGCUCGAACUGUGGCCAGCUACCCACAUCUGAAAAGCGGAAGCUAAUGUUUUAUGAAAGUUGUAUCAUGUGGACGAUGUGUGGAUCACUGCAUCUUGGUUGCUGCUGGUCUCUGUAGAUGGAAAAAAGAACGGAAGACAAACAAUGGCUUUGUUCCAGUCUUAAUGUGAAAAAUGUUUCAGCUCAAGAAAAUGAUGCACAAGGGAUAUAGCAGUGUUGGCACCUUUUUAAGGAAAAAAACAGAACAGUUUUCUUCUUCUAUAACGGCACAUCCCAAAGCUAACCAUUUUGACAUGUCAUACUUUUUCUGUUCAUAGUUACAUUUAAUAUUGUUGAACAAGUUCCUGUUAUCACUUGCAAUAUAACAACUACAAUUAUUACAUAUCUUUUUCUUUCGUUUUUGUGUUAAUAAAAAACAAAUCCAGCCUAAUAUAAACCAGUUAUUGAAUCACAGCUGACACUAACAGCUGUUAUAGAAAAUAUAUCAGUGCCUUCUGUCCAAUCAGAAUCCUUUACAAAUAUUUACCAAGUAAUUCAACUAAACCCUGUAAAGUUACACCACUGUAACUUUCAUUUUUUUGACAUAGCAAAAUCUUCAGUUUCUUCUUACCAUCAAUAACAAGCUAUGAUUUUUUUUGGCCUAUUAAUCAAUAUAAAUGAAAUAUUUAUAGUUGCUAUGAUGUUUAAAGUGAUAGUGGGAACUAUAUAACUAAAC